AUGCCGCCGCACAAAUUACUAUUGAAAGUUGGUUCUCCAAUUAUAUUAUUAAGAAAUUUAAAUGCCCCAAAAUUAUGCAAUGACAAAAGAUUAGCAAUAACAAAAAUUAUGGGAAACAUUAUAGAGGCAAUUAUUCUGGGCGGAAAAUUCAAAGAUGAUGUUGUUCUUUUGCCUACAAUACCACUAAUUCCUUCGGAAUCAGUAAUACCUUUUAAAAGACUGCAGUUUCCUAUACGUUUGGCAUAUGUUAUAACCAAAAACAAGUCACAAGGGCAGACAAUGAUCUUUUGCGAUAUAAAUUUAGAAAAUCCGUGCUUUAAUCACGGACAGCUCUAUGUUGCUUGCUCAAGAGUCAGAAACCCAAAUAAUUUAUAUAUUUAUACACCUGAUAAUCUCACCAAGAAUAUUGUAUAUCCUUUGGCAUUACAAUAA